CGAAGCUGUCUGCUAGGCUUACUCGAUAUUGGGGCAACAUGUGAAUGUAACUCAAACUAUGAAAGUAUCUUUUCAAACAAAAUCUCGACAUGGCUACUCUGUUGAAUUCUCACCUUAUUACCCACAGCGUCUAGCAUGUGCUACAUCUCAAUAUUACGGUCUAGCAGGAUGUGGGACACUGUUUGUUCUUGAUACAACUCCAAAUGGCCUUGUCCCUUUGCGGAUAUACCAGUGGAAUGAUGGUUUGUUUGAGGUUACCUGGUCAGAAGACAAUGACAAUGUGUUGGUGACAGCAGCUGGUGAUGGCAGUGUCUUAUUGUGGGAUGUGUCCCAUCCUCAGGGUCCUCUAAAGGCAUUAAAAGAACACACCAAAGAGGCCUAUUCUGUGCAUUGGAGUCAGACAAGGAGUGAGAAGUUUGUGAUCAGUGGGUCCUGGGACAGUCUGAUCAAACUGUGGGACAUCUCGCAGCCAAAUUCUCUAACCACCUUCAGUGGUCAUAGGUCAAUGGUCUACUCUGUGAGAUGGUCACCACACAUCCCAGGGUGCUUUGUUUCAGCAUCAGGUGAUCAGACACUGUGUGUAUGGGAUGUCAGGAAACCCCAGUUUGCUCAGACAGUCAUUCCUGCUCAUGAAGCAGAGGUACUCAGCUGUGAUUGGUGUAAAUAUGAUCAGAAUAUGGUGUUCAGUGGAGCUGUGGAUGGUACCAUACGUGUGUGGGACAUGAGAAAUCCUCAUACUCCAGUCAACCAACUCCAGGGACAUCAGUUGGCUGUGAGGAGAGUCAAGGCUUCUCCUCAUGCUGGAAACAUCCUGGCUUCCUGCUCUUAUGAUUUCACAACCAGGAUUUGGGACAUGACUGCCCCUACUGCCCUGGAGGUGAUAGAACACCAUACAGAAUUUGUUUAUGGCCUAGACUUCAAUCUCCAUAUUCCUGGACAGAUUGCUGACUGUGGCUGGGAUGAGCUGGUGCAUGUUUUCUCUCCUCGCAUACUACAACCAUAAGUCAUCCACUACUUAACAAACUGGAUCACAGAUGAAUGUUUUCUGAUCCUCAGAUUCAGCACUCAGUAGCCUUAACCUUCAUAUUCCUAAUUACCGGUAGAUAUAACUGACCAUGGAUAAGCUGGUUCAUGUCUUCCUAUCCAAACCACGGUCAGUUUUAACCAGGCUCAUCAAGCGACUAGGAACGAAGUCUUCACCUAUCAUUAAGUAAUUUAAGUUUCUCUAUCAGUGUGUUGCAGCCUGUAACCACAACAUCUGUUAAUUCACUGAUUGUGUCUGGUGGGAGGUGGUGUACAUCUUUCCACACAAGUUCACUCUUUCAGUUGUGAUUGAUUAAAAAACUAAUUAUGUUUUCAGAACUUGAAACAUGGAUUGAAUAUGUAUAUGUUUUGAAUGGUGAAUGAAAUGGUUUAACAGUUUAUAUUAAUUCAAGAUUCAAGAGAUGCAUCAUGUUUUCUCAUCAAAAAGUUGCUUUUGCAUAAUGUUGAUAUGUUUUGUAAACCUUGCAGACAAAUACUUAAGGAAUUACCAGAAUAAUAAUGGACUACAUGUUUUCAUCUUCAUUUACACUGUAUAAUCACUGUCUCACCAAGAUAACCUGUCAUAUUCACCUUUAAUUAUUAUAUUGAUUACUAGCAAGUCAGUUUUAAAACUUGGAGCACAGGCAAACCACAAUAUACAACCCUUACAGAUGUGAUCGCCCAGUUUCAGGUAAAGUUCAAGUUGAUAUGUCAUUUCAGUCAAGCUGUAUCAUAGACAGCACCAACAUUUGUCACUUUACUAUAAAUUGAAAUAUAUUUAAAUCUCUGAUGAAUUUUCAUUAGGUUUAAGUUUUCGUACCUAAAUAUUCAUAUAACUUAUGAAGUAUUGACAAUUCUUUUAUGUGGAUGUCAGUUUCUUGAGAAAUGUCAUAUCUUGAGAAUACCUCAGAGUAAUGUCACAAAGAUCUACACCUGAUCAGAUGCAGGUUUGCCAUUUUUACCUUACAUAUAUUUUCUAAUUUUUAACUGAGAAUAAGAAAUGACAAGAAUUGAUCUCUUUCUGAUUUAUAGUCAUAAUCAACAGUUAACCUUCUUUAAAGUGUAACCUGUUUGUGGGGGAGAAAGGUAUAGUAUGAGGCUGGUGAUGAGGAUGUGUUAAUUCAUAACACAUGGUACAAAAGAGGAUGUAUGAAAUACAAGCUAAUAUGUGACACUGAUAUGUAUCAUUUAAUCAGGGUCUUGUUUCUUUGAUUUAAUGUGAUUUAUACAUUUUUAUAUAAGUUUUUUAUUGUAUCAUAAUCAUGAUUACAUAUUAGAUAAAUAUUUGAUAACAAAUGUUGUUUUCCUUGUUGUUGACAAUAUACAUGUACAAUAAAAAACAAUAGUGAUUAA